CCUUAACCGAGAAACUUGGUUGGACAGAGUUUAAAGUAAAACAGUUAAUGUUCCUUUAAAUCUAACUAUGACUUUCUUGCACUCAAGUUUUUCCGAAUACAAAACGUUGACUGCCUUUGAUCUUAGUUGAUUAAAAACGCUCCCGGAAAGAAGUUUUUUCUGUUAUUUGUUAUUAAUUGUGACUGACAUUCGCCAACUGUCAAUCAAAUAUGUUGAACCAACGACUUCUGUUCAUUUUUCUGCUGAUAAGCACUCUGCUAUGCAUGCAGGUCCUUGGUCAGGAUUACAAUGACACCAAUUCCACGGUCAUUCCGCGCGUAGUCGGUGGUGAUGUAGUUACCAAUCCGGAUAUUGGCGGUUACCUUGUGGCUUUGCGCUACAACAACACCUUAACAUGCGGUGGGACUCUCGUUCAUGACCUUAUUGUCAUCACCGCAGCCCACUGCUUCAAUGAUUCGAUGAAGAUGGAUAAGUUGGUUGCCAUUGGCGGCGUCUCCACGAUCGACGAGACAGGGGUACGCCGACAUAUUGAGAACUUUAUCAAACACGACCCCAUUGAGAUGGACGUUGCCGUGCUACUCCUGGACGGACCAAUGGUGGGCAAUGGGAUCGGGAAGCUAAAGCUCUGCAAGACGCCCCUUAUGGUCGGCAUGAGCUUGACCGUCGUUGGAUUUGGUAAGACCUCAAAACAAGGCACUGGACCGAGCAAAUACCUGCGAAAAGCCAUAGUGCCCAUUGUUUCCAAGGAAUAUUGUACCAAAGCCUAUCGCGAAUUGUCUAUCCAAAUUACGAAUAGUAUGCUGUGCGCCUCUGCGAUGGGAAAGCGCGAUGCCUGCUUCAUUGACUCCGGAGGUCCAUUGGUUUUCCAGAACCAGCUAUGUGGCAUAGUAUCCUUUGGGGAAGGAUGCGCCAGCAUCCGAUAUCCCGGUGUCUACACGGAUGUCAGAUACGCAAGAUCCUUUAUCAUAAACAGUUUUAAAAGCUUGAUGCAAAAGAGGAAAAGAAGUCGCAAUCGAUCGUAGCUCUUAGGGUAAUUUUUGUGGUGGGAUACUCUAGGUUCUUUGAGCGUGAAGUUACUUAUAUGAAAGAAAAUGGUAUUCUUUGGCAACUACUGGGAAUUUUAAUCUGAUUUUAUUUUAUUUAAGAAGUAGACAUAAGUUGUGAGUUAACCUUAGCUAAAAGACUUGGUUUAAUAAAGAUUUUUAGGAACGUCUGAACAACUGAUAUGCAAAA